UCCUCAAACAUCACCUUCAUAAUCCUCUCUCUCUCUCUCUUUCUCUCUCUCUGCUAUUAUUAUUCUCUGCUAAGUCACAGCCCAUCAGUGGUCUCUCUGUUUGCAGAAGAGACCUCUGUUGGAUGCUUUCUUCUGUUGUUUUAGUUGCCUUCUGAAUCUCUCAUCAGCUAAUUAAAGCUCUCAUUCUUCCCUUAUAGCUACUUGUUAGCUGAUUUCGGGAGAUAUAUCUGCUUCUCUCAGCAAGAGCCUAACUCGGUCACCAUCUUCUCAUUUCAUGAAGAAGAAUAUUAUGGAGCAGGAAGCCAGUAAGGUCAUCGUUGAGAAGCAGGGCAUCGUCACGAUUCUUGGCCCGUCUGACUCCGAAAGAACCAAAACAGCUUCCCUGCGACGAACACUGUCCGCGGACAUGUCCUCCAAGAGAUGGCUGGCUCAACAUGGUUUCUUCCCCAUGAAAAAGAUUGCAUCCUCUGAAGAACUCUCCGCCUCCAUCGAUACGCAGGACAACACUUCUUCAUCGUCAGAAGACGACGAUCGUUACCAAGAAAGGAAGGGGAAGUUCCUUAUUUGGAGCUCACUUGAUGAAGAAGAUCAAAAGAAGAAGAUGAGCAAAGCCGAGGCUGAGAAGAAGCAGCAGGGACAACUCGAUCUGUGGAGCUCAAUUAUAUGUCAAAAGGCCAAUGAAGAGGCCAACAAGGCGGUUGAUACAGCAGCACCUUAUGUUCAUCCUCUUGUGAAGAAACAAUCAAGCUCCUUGACUGUAAAGAGCCUUGAAGUGUGCACUGAGAGUCUCGGAUCGGAGACUGGCUCUGAAGGGUUUUCAUCGUACCCUCCUUCGGAGACUGGUGACAUAGAAGUACUGGACAAAGAACAGGAAGAAGAUCGAGCUGAGGUUCCACGACAACAAGAAGAAGAAAAAGAAAAAGUACCGGUGGCACAAGCAUUUGACGGGGAAGAAUUUCGAGUUGUCAAGUACAACUCUGCUGCCAGUAAGAAGUUGCCUCCAACUCGAUCAUUCCCUCCGCCCCUUCCGUCUUUUUCAGGAUGUGACGGGACAUCUGUUCGCAUGAGGACUUAUCGCAACAACGGACGAGUAGUCCUUGAAGCUGUGUCCAUGCCUUCACCGAAUAACUUCCGUGCUCAACGCCAAGAUGGUCGCCUUGUCCUCACUUUUCUUGCUACUACUCCAAGCUCUUGUGAGGAGACUGAGAGUGAAGAGGUUGUUGAUAAAGAAGAGCAAAGUAGAGAGGAAGACUUUGAGGAGAAUUUUGUGAACUUUCAGGAAGGAGGGGAGAUAAAAGAAAGUGAAAAAAGUGAUGAUGAUGAUGAUGAUGGUGAUGAUGAUGAGGAGGAGGAGAAAGCAACAAAAGAAAAUGGAAUCAAAGAAAUAGAAAUUGUGAUGGAGGAAGCACCAAAAGUGCUAACAAGUAGGGUGACAAAUGUUCAUAGGCUAGCACUAAUGAUGAAUAAGCCCAUUGGGUUUGCUAAUAAGACCCAUGGGUGGGCUAACAAGUUCAAUGAAGUAGUGAAGUAUGGAGGGGAUGAUGAGGAGGUGGAAGUAGUGAAGCCAACCCCACUAGCAAAGUCACUUCCACCCCGGCCCGGCCGCGUGGCACGGUUGAUACCAAAGCCACCCGCGGCAGCAAAAACAGCGGCAGCAGCAGGCUCUUUCAACGCUUACGAGUACUAUUGGCGCACCAAGUCCACAGCAACAGUGGCUCUUAAUCCUCUUCCAAAAGCAACGUCCCAAUCCCUCAAGAGCAAUGGCUUUAUGUCCAAGAAUCAAGUGGCAAAUGAUCAGCAACAAUUGCUCGUUUUGAGAGGGAACAAAGGGGAUCACUUGGCUCCUUUUUCAAAGGGUUGCAAAGAACCUAGAAGGUCUCUUCUUUUUUGGGAGCCUUAUUGCAUUGCCACCUCUUGAUGAUCCAAAUCCUCGUAACCCACUGUUAAUCCAAAUCCUUGAUUACUUACUACCCACUAUUAAUUUACUCGAACUAUCCCUCUGUGUCUUGUUCCCUCCACUCUUGUAGGGUUUGUGUAGUCAAAUAAAGAAAAAGAAGAGAGAGGGAAAAUUUGAUUUAGAGGAUCAAACUAUGAUCACAGAGAAAGAGAGCAGAUUUCAACA